AUGCCUGCCCGCUCUACACAAAUCACCAUUGAAAACCACACCAGCCAGGACUUUCACGGCGGCCACGGCGGUCUGGACCACGGCAUAUGGAGCGAAAACAUUCCCGAUACUAUUCCCAAGGGACAAUCCGGUACUAUGAGAGCUGAAUCCGACGGCAUCAUGAGCGGUGAUCAAGGCUAUGUUAUCUACACGUCUGCGGCCGGUAACCUGCAGUUUGACUUCGAUAAUCCUUAUGUUGGUGAUAAUUCGUACCACCCUUCUGUCCCCAAUCAGUUCAAUGUCUCCAGCAGUGGUGGAGACGGGAACAACUGCAUUAUCACCUAUACUAUCACCGAGAAGCUCGGGCAUGGACAUAAGUGA